UCCGAUUGUCAUGGUCUCUCUGUCUGUCGAGUCUCUCUUUUGAAAUUUUCUUUGAAAAUUCAAACAAAUUUAACACUCAAGGAGCCGACAAUGUCCAUACCAAACCCUAAUUUUUCUCACAAAUCAGUUGCCAAAUCUUUCACAAAUUCUCUUAUGGCCGAGAAUCAACUUAUUGAUUCCCUGACAUCUCACAUCUCUCUAUAUCACUCACAUUCGCUUUCACCUAACGCUAAUCGUAACCCUCACCCGCGAUCUUCAAUUCUUAAAUGGUUCUCAUCACUCACCAUCCAUCAACGCCAGGCUCACCUCACAAUUAUUGAGUCAAAAUUCACUCAACUCUUAAUUCAAAUGAUUGGGAAACUCCGUACAAAGGGCCACGGCUUCUUCAUCAUCCUCCCGGACCUACCGUCCCGUGAUCCACCUUAUUUGCCUAACCUCUGUUAUAAGAAGUCACGUGGCCUUUUAUCUAGGGUUUCCGAAUCAAACGAGACAGAGCGAUGGAUUUUAGAGUGUACUCGGUUGUUUAACUCACGAGAAGGUGAAAAAAUAGACGGCUGUUCUUGUUCUACAGAUUGUCUUGAUUGUGUUACGGUAAGUGAAGACUUUGUUGGAAAUAUGGAUCGGUUUGUUGAUACAAUGGAUAAAGUAUCCAAGGGGGAGUUUCUGAGAGGCGAAGAGACUGAAUUGGGAGCGGAUUGGGUGGAAUUUGACUGGUUAAAAGCGCAGGGUUAUUAUAGCAUUGAAGCUUUUGUGGCAAAUAGGGUAGAGGUGGCACUGAGACUGGCAUGGCUGAAUAGUAACAAUGGGAAGAAAAGGGGGGUGAAGUUGAAAGAGAAAGUAAAUGCUGCAGGUGUGGCGGCAAAUGUUUAUUGGAGGAAGAAAGGGUGUGUGGACUGGUGGAGGAAUUUGGAUACUGCGAUGAGAAGGAAGGUCUUGACCACAAUUUUUGGAAAAGCAGCAAAAUCCCUGUUUGAGCUUUUUGGAGAAGGGAAUUUCAAGUCCUCACCUGAUAAAUCUAAGGAUAAACCCAGUGCUUGUGGCCGUAGAAAGAAGGGGAGGACCCGUAGUAUGAAAAGGCAGAACCCUUUGCCAAAGUCACCUGUGGAUGAGCAGUCAUUUGAUAAACGGUCUAAGGUGCCUUAG